UUGGAUCGUUUACUGGUUAUUUCUUCCUUGACUGCAUCUUUGAGAUUUGAUGGUGCUUUGAAUGUGGAUGUGAAUGAGUUUCAGACCAAUUUAGUCCCAUACCCUAGAAUCCAUUUCAUUUUGUCUUCAUAUGCACCAGUGAUUUCAGCGGAAAAGGCUUACCAUGAGCAACUAUCAGUAGCAGAAAUCACAAGCAGUGCAUUUGAACCAGCUUCAAUGAUGGCCAAAUGUGAUCCACGCCAUGGGAAAUACAUGGCUUGUUGCUUGAUGUACAGAGGAGAUGUGGUGCCUAAAGAUGUGAAUGCUGCAGUGGCACCAAUCAAGACCAAAAGGACCAUCCAGUUUGUUGAUUGGUGUCCCACAGGGUUCAAGUGUGGCAUCAACUACCAGCCUCCAACUGUGGUACCUAGUGGGGAUUUGGCCAAGGUUCAAAGGGCAGUUUGCAUGAUUUCAAAUUCUACUAGUGUUGCUGAAGUGUUCUCAAGGAUUGAUCAUAAGUUUGAUCUGAUGUAUGCAAAGCAUGCAUUUGUGCAUUGGUAUGUCGGUGAGGGUAUGGAGGAAGGUGAGUUUUCUGAAGCUAGAGAAGACUUGGCUGCUCUUGAGAAAGAUUAUGAAGAAGUGGGCUUGGAAUCUGGUGAAGGAGAUGAAGAUGAAGGGGAUGAGUACUAGGUUAGAAUAUAAAGUAAAAUCUGCCAAUGGACUUAUUGGUCAGCUAAUAAAAAUGGGUUAUUUUGUUUGUCUUCUCUAUUG